CACAACAUCCCACGUAUGAUCCACACGCUGACCUGGCAAACGGAAACUAAUCCGAGCCAAUUACCUCUAUCGAUAUAUCGUCUUUCUACUCUCCAUUCUUCAAUUAGACAGGAAGACAGCGCCACGUUGCCUCGCCCGUUUUGCCUCUCCUCCAUGGCAUUGACUUCCGCUGUCACCAUGUCGAAGCCGGCGAUCAGCUUCAGCCGACCCUUCACGGGCUCAGAAACCUUCUUUCAGCCACUCAUGUUGCCUGCUCACACGGCGGCGGGGCGGCGGCCCGGCGCCCAGCUCAAGGUCCGGGCACUAUCAUCAUCGGAGAAGGAAAAGGCCCUGGGCGGGCUGGCAGCGGCCGCAAUGGUGGCCGCGCUAGUGAUCCCGGAGGUGGCAGAGGCGGCACAGCCAGGCAUCUCGCCGUCGCUGAAGAACUUCCUCCUUAGCAUCGUCUCCGGCGGGGUGGUGGUCGGCGUGAUCGCAGGAGCCGUUGUCGCCGUCUCCAACUUCGACCCUGUGAAGCGGAGCUGAGUUGUGGAUGAAGCGGCUUGGCGUCCAACUCCAACCAUUCAUGUAUAACUACCCCUUCCUUUUUUAUGUACUCCCAGAAAUCUGGUGAAUUGAACAUCAUAUGAUGAAGAAGAUCUCUUGAUGUGGGAAUUUGUUGAAUUGUACUUCAUUGGCUUUGUCAA